AUGUCGACCACAACUACCCAAACCGCUCGAGAGCAUGGCCCACCUGUGUCAGUCAUUGCCGAUGCCACCAACAAGGCUGCUGGCGCCCAAGCGGCCCUGGCAACCGGGGGGUACGAAUUUCCAGGCAUCCCCCAGAUUGACGACCUAUACAAAAAGCGACAAUGGCAGCUUGAGCACAUGGCUGGUGCAUUCCGUGUUUUUGCUCGAAAGGGUUUCACCGAGGGUACCAGUGGCCAUAUCAGCGUGCGCGACCCCGUUGACCAGUCAACUUUCUGGAUUAACCCCAUGGGAAAGCACUUCGGAAUGCUCAAGGCCAGCGACAUGGUACAGAUUGAUGAGGACGGCCAAGUCAUCGGGGGCAACAAGACGGCCGUCAAUGCAGCUGGCUUCAUGAUCCACAGCGCCAUACAUCGAGCCCGACCUGAUAUCCAUGCAGCGUGCCAUACACACUCCCCAGCAGGAAAGGCAUGGUCAACAUUCGGGCGCCCUCUUGAUAUCAUAAAUCAAGACACUUGCAACUUUUACAACACGCAGGCGGUUUACAAGGCGUUCGGCGGUGUUGUGCUAGGGGCCGAAGAGGGGGUGCGGAUCGCAGAGGCGCUGGGCAAAACUGGUCGGGUGAUGGUGCUCCAGAAUCAUGGUCUGUUGACAACAGGUGGCACUGUGGAUGAGGCCGCCUAUCUGUUCACUCUCAUGGAACGCUCUUGCGAGGUCCAGAUUAUGGUGGAGAGUACUGGUCUUCCCAAGAACUUCAUCGGGGAGAAAGAAGCUGAAUUUACCAGCAAAGUAAACGCUGAUCCUGAGACGCUUUACACUGAAUUUCAGCCUGACUUUGAGUAUGAGAUUUGGAAAUCGAAUGGGGAGCUUAGCAGAGGAGAAUGA